UAGAGAGGCGAAGUGCUUUCUUUACUCUUUGGUUGUAAAUGAGUUUUCAAUAUUUAAUACAUUAAACCAUUUCUGUCACAAUGACAGGGAAUUUAAUUAAUAUCUAGGUGGAUUACCUGACAACAUGUUUCAAUUAAGUGAAAAAUAAAUAUUGUUUAUUGUCUACACUAAUGUGAUUGAUCCAUUUUAUCUCAUCGUUGCUUUAAUCAGAAUGAAGUAUCGAAUCAAUCUUUUUUCAAUGUUUUGAUUUUAUGAAUUCAAGCUCUCAACUUAUACAACAAUAAUGGGGAAACUUCAAUUUCUAGUCAUAAUUAUUUUAGUUUCAUCAAUCCUAAUUUCAUCAAUUUCAUGUGCCUUAUUUAAACUGAAGCCAACCAUUGAGCUUGUUCUGUCAAUCCAUGCUUAUUCAAAAGCCAAAAUUUUACCUUACACAUUGAGCUCCAUUGAGAAUCAAGAUUAUCCUAAAAAUCGUACUCGAGUGACAAUUUAUUUGGACUUAUACCCUGAUGUUUUAGAAGCAAAUUUCAACCGACAGGAUCCAAGAUAUGAAAGAAAUUGGUUAACUUUGAAAAUCUUGAAAACAUGGAUUCGUGUUAACCAACCAUUUUACCAUGACAUCUCGGUUAAUUACAACUACUUGGACCCUCUAGAUGAACCAUUGGUUGACCUAGAUGAAUAUUGGAAUCCCAACCGUUUCAAUAAAAUUAUUAAACUCAAGACAAUUGCUUUUAGUCAAGCUCGACUAGACUGGGCAGACUAUUUAUUGUUAAUGGACUCAGAUGUGGCUCUGGUCAAUGAAGAAACCCUCAGUCACUUAGUUGACUCAGAAAAAUCAUUAAUAGCUCCUAUGCUCUAUUCACUUGGAACCUAUUCCAAUUAUUGGGCUGGAAUGAACGAGAAAGGUUAUUACCUAAGGACCAACGAUUAUAUGCCAAUUUUAGAUCGAACCAAAUUGGGAAUAUUUCAAGUUCCUAUGAUUCACUCCUGUAUUUUGAUAGAUAUGAGAAUCUCAGCAAGCCAUCAACUGACUUUCAAUGCAACUCAUUUGAAUAACUGUCCCUAUGAUGAUAUUAUAGCAUUCGCUUUGUCAGCUAAAUCACAAAACCUAUCUAUGUAUAUAGAUAACCAGGAAAUUUGGGGAUAUUUAAUGCCAUCCGUUGAAUCGAUGGAUUUAAAUAGGUUUGACCAAGAACUGAUUGAUCUUCAGUUAGAAGCUACAAUUGAAGGAGCAUUCUUCCCACUAUCCAAGGAACUUAUUCAUCUGGUUGAUACUCCUAUCAAAGAUAAACUUGGUGUUGAUCAAGUUUACAUCAUCAAUUUGGAACGUCGUCCUGAAAGAAAAGAAUCUAUGGCUAAGCGAAUGAAUAUUCUCGGUAUUGACGCCACAUUCUGGAAAGCCGUUGAUGGCAAAUUAAUCAAUGAAGAGUUUCUUAAGGAAAAAGGAAUCAAAUUUUUACCCAACUAUGAAGAUCCCUACCAUAAAAGACCCAUGACUUAUGGAGAGAUUGGCUGUUUCUUAUCCCAUUAUAAUGUCUGGUUAGAUAUGAUAUCAAACAACUACAGCAUGGUAGUUAUUUUGGAAGACGAUGUUCGAUUCGAGAGAUCUUUCCGUCCUAGAUUUAAUUUGCUAUUAGAAGCAAUCAAAACAUAUGAGAAAUCAUUUGGACCAGCUGAUUUAAUUUACCUUGGGCGAAAAAUUCAAACAGAUGAAUCAGAGAGCAGAACAGCUAUUAAUGGUCUCAUUUUACCCAAUUAUUCGUAUUGGACAAUUGGUUAUGUCUUGACCAAAUUAGGAGCCCAACGAUUGAUUGAUUCCAAACCACUGGAAAAAUUACUUCCUAUCGAUGAAUAUCUACCAAUAAUGUUUGACAAGCAUCCGAAUUCAGAUUGGUCUAAAUAUUAUCCCAAUCGUAACUUACGUGCUCUCAGUGCAUCUCCGUUGCUCAUUUCACCCACUCAUUAUGUCGGUGAUGAACAAUAUAUCAGUGACACUGAAGAUUCAAAACAAAUAAUUGAUGCCGCUUUUCAUCCGAAGAAUCAUCAUCAAGAGCUCUGAAAAUAAGCCAAAAUUAUCCUUUAAUUGAAUGAUUAUUUAUUCCCAGCAACUGUCGCCAAUUAAUGCCAUAACCCAAUGAAAGCCAUGAACUUUGCUAAAUUAUCGAGUAACUCUGCAAGUGCUAAAGCUAUUUAUCUCCUCGAUUUUGCCAAUAUAUGUACAACUCUUUUAUUAUUAGCUAGUCUUUUUUUAAUGUGCCAAAAUAUGCUUUUCUAUUAUAAUAUUAUUCAAAUAACCAACUCAAUUAAUCUGAUAAUCAUUAUUUAUUGUAAAAUAUUAUAGAUAAGCAAUAAAUAUGAUGCAAUUCAUGAAUA